AUGAGUGACCUCGGUGAGCAUGAUGAUAAUGAUGCUGACGUUGGUGGUGGUGGUGGUGGUGGUGGUGGUGGUGGUGGUGGUGGUGGUGGUGGUGGUGGUGGUGGUGGUGGUGGCGGCGGCGGCGGCGGCGGCGGCGGCGGCGGCGGUGGUGGUGUACGAGACGGAAGAUAGGUUGACCGGGUUGACAAUAUAACGUAUGCGGAGCUGUUAAACGAGGCCACUCGACGCGCUGGAUGUUGGUAGACGAGUUGGGCAUGUUGACGUGGGUUCGGUGUUCGCGACACCGUGCAGUGGCAUUUCAGACUUGUGUGUACUUCAGUUUCCCAUGUCUUUGUCGGUAGUCCUCUGCAUUCUUUGUACCGCAGUGCGCAAAAAGAGGCGUUCUGGGUGGCAACUUAGAUACAGCGGGCUUGAUCGCUGGAGGUGCUUUAUCAGUCUGACGUUAUUGAUCCAUGUGAGAACAAACCAUUAUCGCUCCACUCGGGAUAACCGGCAAAUAAAACCUAAAUCUCAAAUUUCAUCAGGUACGGGGUGCUGUAACAACUACAUCCUAUAUAUUUUGUAACUCUUUUGCAUUAACCACUUGCACUUCAUUCUCUGUUAGCGGAUUCUAGGAUUAGCUUGGAAUGUCGGUCUAAUAAAGCUCUUGUUCAGGCGAUCAAGUUUAUUUAGUCCGAAGAUUCUUCCCACAAUCAAACGGCUGUUUCCUUGUCCGCACCAAUGCAGCAAGCUAUGUAAUCCACUCCCCCCUCUUAAACAAGGAACAAAUGCGGUUGCCUCACGGAAUGUCAUAUAUUCCGAUAGGUCCACUGGGACCCCAGUCUACUAAAACAAUUUAGUCUUCUAUUCAGUUUCCUCCAAUUUAACAUUUCGUUGUCUGUCAGGACAGAAAUGUAAAGUAAGAAAAGCCAUACCAGUUCCAUUAAUAAUAACCAAGUCUCCGAGUAUUUCUGCUUGGUUUCAUUGUAUUCCACUACUGUAAUUUUUCACCAACUGCUUUUUCUCACAGGAACAUAUAGGAUGGAAAUACUCAUUAUGCCGACGUAAGAGCUACCUCGCCAUAGCCAUGCUGAUAAAGCAGUGUGUAGUAUGCUAUUACCAACAAAGACAAGGGAGGCUUUAAUGGCCAUUUCUGGCUUAUUAGCCGUCGUCAGCCAGUCAUACCCAAUCCCGAAGUGUGGAACACCCGAGCCUCGAACUCGCGACCUGUUAGUUAGAAGUUCACGCCAAUAUAUCAUGCCUAUAUCAUGUGCCGCUGUGCGGCUGCUGAUUGGGCUCGAGAGAGAGAGCCCAUUGGACACAACGGAACGAGUGAGUUCCAUAAGAACGAUCGGUGAGCGCCCCCUACCAAAGCAUUGUGGGUAGGGUUUUACCACCUUCAUCCAACCAAUCAUAGCCGUGCCCACCGGCUAGGCCCAAACAUGCGCACGCAGGUAACACGGGUGGCUCACAGAAGGGCUAUGCAUCGCUUCGAAGUUCGUCAGUCUAUCGCUGAAAAUCAGCGCUGGGGACCCCAUCUACACUACAUUUCAGUGCAUUCCCAUUAUAAUCAAAUCUGUGCUGCUUAAAUCUAUCACGAUGCGCUGGACGUCGUGGCUUGAAGGUUGCCAACUGGCAGUAUAACUCAGACUUCGCAGUCGGCCCUGGGUGCAUGUGUUUGUGUGUGGAAUGGUCAACCAGUGCACUGUAGGUCAGACUCGAUCGUUCCGCCUUAAUAUGUCCCCGCCCCCCACAAGGGCUCUCACGCGCGUAAAAUCCGAGUUGCCCACCGCCUUGUGGGUGUUGCUUGCGGUUCAAGUCGUAUAUGGCACGCACAGAGCAUAUUCCUCACUAAUAAACAGUCUGACAGAUUUGAAUCUAUCACCUAAAAUCCGUGGCUUGGAAGACCACCAGCUGAUGGUCUUACUCGCACCGCGCAGCCAACUCGGCGUGUCUUUGUGUGAAGUGGCCGACUGAUGGAUAUGAGAGGUAGUCUGAAAAUUGUCUGUAUACCACUCCCACUCAGAUGAGAUCCGAGCCGCCCUCUUGCUGUUUCUGUAAAAACGUAGUCCAUGAUGUGGCGUGGGUGGCACGUACAAACGGGCUGUUUAGCCUUAUCAGUCACUGCAUACGAUCCCAUCACCGGUCUUAUUUACUCUCUUUCGGGGCAGGGAACAGGUGUGUAUGAGGGAGGAGACAGUGUGGUAGGCGCUGCGCAAGUUUACUAUCACUGCAAACCCCUUCACUCACAAGUUGCCGUUUGUGCACCCACCCUGAUGUGGAGCACACGGCGAAUACAGUCGCAAUGGUGGUUGAACUGUCGGCAAAUCAGGUAUUGCUGUACACACCAGUUCAUUGGUACCCCGAGGCAAACAAGCUCGCUUGAGGGGCAGAGAUCAAGAACAGACAACCGUCUUGGCAGUUCGAUCGUAGUAACCGACGAUGUCCACCGUAUAUCUCACAGCAUGGUGGCUGCGGGGACGGCGACUUGCUCGUGAGUCAGUUUAAAGUGGUAGUAGACUUUCACCGCAUCUAACGCACUCUCUCCUUCCGGUGUCAACACAGAGUCGAGAAAACCAGAGACUCGAUCGGGCGCAUGUGACUAGCUCGUUGUGGGCUGGCUCCUAGGUGUACCGCCACGCCCACCCAUGCGCGACUCAAUAACACGUGCCGGACCCCGAUACGCCCCCCCCCCCUGAUGACCCUGGGCAUUUACCACGUGGCCAAUUGUAAGAGCAAGCGUAACCACCUGCAGGCUUUAACGCCCUCUGCCAUCGCAUUUUGGUUCUUGUUUAACCAAUGACGGCGUCGCGUGUCAGAUAUUUGUACACCAAGUAGGCGUUUCACUACCUAUCAGGAAAGUGUCAUUCUGCGUUCCCCUGUAAUCGCCCUCCUCUGCUGCCGGAAGGGUUCGUAAAAACAGAGUUCUUGUAUCCGCUGGCCGGAAGCCAGCUAAUGACCCCUGUUCUUAUAGGCUCAAAGAAUUUUCCUCUGAGGACGGUUUAGAGACGUCGCCAAGUAGUAGGUAAAAAGAAAGCGCACUUAGCAUCCUGGAGGUUACGCCCCAAAUGGAAAGAUGACACGGAUGACAAUGAGUAUCCUCCACCAAUAGUAGUUGUAUGGCUGCUCAGUAAAACUGCCUGCAUGAAGUGAACCACUGAGGUUUGGACUUGUUGAGACUGACGCUGGCCGAAAGAUCAAAACGUGAAGAAGAAGAAGAAGAAGAAGAAGAAGAAUAAGAAGAAGAAGAAGAAGAAGAAGAAGAAGAAGAAGAAGAAGAAGAAGAGUCAAGCACCGGAACAUUUUGUUUAUGAUCUUGGGCUUUCGAACUCAUGCAGAAGUCCAUCGUCAGCUCAGGACAAUAAACAACAUUUUCCGGUGCUUGACUCCUCUUCUUCUCCACUUAUGCAUACACCUCGAGUUCGAAAUUUCGCCUUCAUUCGUAGAUCAAAACGUUGACAGAUAUUUGCCCGAUAGUAGAGGGGCGCCCACCGAUCGCGUUACGGAGCUCAUUUGUUCAUUUGUGCCUUGGAGCCCUCUCUCUCGAGCUCUGCCUACAGUCGCACAGCGGCGCGUUAUAUAGGCAUAAGGUCAAGGGAGACUGAAACGACCAUUUCUGGCUUAUUGGCCGUCGUCCUGCCAGUAUUCUUAUAUUACGUUCAGCCGUAAGGCUGCUGUCGGCGCUCGAGAGAGAUAGAGUUUCAAGGCACAACGGGACGAAUAAGUUCCGUGGCGCCAUCGGCGAGCGGCUCUCUGCCACUGCAUAUACCCGGUCGCGACCGCCGGGAUAAAGAACUUGUGGUCCAAUGGUUAGGACAUUAGAUCUCUUGCCAACAGAUGACAGGACCAAGCUCCAAAUGUUGCACGCCCCGGGGUUUGGUACGGCUGGUUGACGAUGGCUAAUAAACCAGAAAUUGUCAUUCCAGUCUCCUUUGUCUUUGUCAAUAAUGCUGGUCUACAGAUACUUUGGCGUGGUGGCUUUGAGGAGACCAGGUAUCCGACCUGCUUCUGUAAUCUGAGUUGCCCCAAAUGCUCUUUGGCCAACCGACCACGUUCAAAUCUUACACCCUUUCAGUUUGCACUUGAUACCGGUGACAGCAGCUAUUCAAGGCUUCUGUAUCUUUCUCUGUAACAUUGCCAGACUACCAACCAAGGCAUUUAUUUCUAAGCCUCCUGGUAGCCCAAUCUGCAUGUGCAUAAUCGAGGCUGUCAGGAGUGGAAGGAUAUUAUGCAUUUUUAUGCAUCCUUCCAUUUAUUUCGACCUUUUUAAACUUCUGCUCUUCGUCUCCUUUAUUUCCUUCGCGUUUUAUUUGCCUGAGAGACCGAGUUGGAGGAGUGGUCCCAGUACCCCGACCCAUUAUCAACUCGAGUCGAAUUCUCACCCCGAUCACUUGAGGUAUUUAUCAAGCGACUACCGAGGCGGGUCGCAUGCUAAAUGUUGGGAGGCAGGUAGGGUGUACCAGAGCUAAGGGGUAGCGAUGAAACAGUGGGAUGUGUCAGAAGUCACCAUACAGUCAGUGCACUGCACAUUAAUUUCAUCCAAAAAGGCUACUGCGAUAUGGUGGUCAUAGACGCCACGAGCUAACGACACUAGCGUAAACAUUUGCGGCAAGGCUGCUAGUGGGGCCUACCCAAUCACUCGCCGCGGAGGAAUCGGGGCCGGACUUGUCGAUGCGGGCAGGCGCACACCACAUAGUCGACGCCUGUCAAGGUCAGUCACCCCAUUACGAACUCUCGUGACACUCUCGGGUUCAACCUUUGGCCCGGACCUGGUAGUCACCCUCACCCAACUGGGCUCACGGCAGGCGGAUAGGCAGGCGUUACUGUGCCGCGUCCUCCGUAAAAGCUGUCUUCUUGCCCUUUCUUCUGAUUCAGGAUCGUCCUAUCAUAGCAACAUUGGGGGGCUGCUGUCCAGCUAUCUGAGAGUUUGCACAGCGAAUCAUAGUGAAGGGCGGCCUCAGCACACUGGUGUAGUCAAAUCACAGAAUACAGACUGCCUUCCCUGGGAACAUUUAAGUGACAAGAACGAAAUUCGGAGUGUUCCUCUGGUGCCUGUUUCAAUCCGCAAGCUAUGCGGGGAGCAUUAUUCCGUGUUCCGAUGUCGCGGUCCAGACUGACGAUCAAGCUCGGUGAAGCUACUGAGAAGGGGGCCACAGAGUCUAAACUAUUUGAUGAUACAGUGAAUUGAACUCACGCAGCACAUGCUUGCGGCCUCUGCGCCCUCAAGUUUUGUGUUUGUGACUGAUUCUUACAUGCACACGUGUGCUCUUAAGUCCUUUUGCGACUACCUCCAGAUAGAUGCAGGACAUAAAUCAGAUCGCAAACAAAAAGUACAGGCUUUAUAGCUGUCAGUUAGUCAGUCGACUACAAUUCUGUUGAUCUGGGUUCGGCUCCCAGGAGUUUUCGACCUGGUUGAGGAGGGUAAAUAAGUCAGAAGUGGGUAGUACAGUUACCAUUGUUCAAGGUCGUUUAGUUACUACUCAGUAGUGCUCAUGGGGCAUCCUGCGACAACCCUUGAGGUGAGCAGUCCUCAAUCUAUACCAUGUGGCUGGACGCCUUUCUGAUAUACACGGUAAGCAGUUAGUCAGCCACAGCCGAGCCCAUCCAAACAACUUCAAACCUGGACUGCGUUCCGUAAGUUCUUUGGUCCAGUUACAAUUCCACUUAUGCUUGAUCAUAUUUUGCACACGACACCUUCAGACCUGAUUGACAAUACAACGUGCUAGAGCGUAUUCUGUGAAACCACUCUACGCCCGGAAGCGAAUUGCAACAGGCGCCUCGUCGGUAGAUAGGAGAAUUCGACUCUUCAGGGCCGUCAGUUAGUCAGUCGACUUCAAUUCUGUUGAUCUGAGUUCGGUUCCCAGACCUUUUUGACCUGGCUGAGGAGGCUAAAUAAUUCAGAAGUGGGUAGUGCAGUCGUCAUUGAUCAAGGUUGUUUGGUUAACACUCAGUAGUGUCCAUGUGGCAUCCUACGGCAGUCCUUGAUGUGAGCAGGCCACAGACUACGCCAUGUAGCUGGACGUCUUUCUGAUAUACACAGUAAGCAGUUGGUCAGCCAAAUCCAAGGUCAUUUAAACAACUUCAAACGUGGGCUGUGUUCAAUAAGUUCUUUGGUCCAGUUAUGAUUCCACUUAAGCUCGAUCAUAUUUGGCAUUCGACACCUUCAGGUUAGAUGAACAAUGCAACGUGCGACAGCGUAUUCUAUGAAACUACUCUAUGCCCGGUAGGGAAUUUCAGCAGGCGCUUCGCCGACGCAUGAGAGAAUCAGACUCUCAGUUGCAUCCGCAGCCAGGAACGGCCGGAUGCCUUCCCUCUUUAGUGUCCCCAGUAGCUUACUAUGAACAAAAUGGAGUUCCAGUUACAAAAUUAAUUACAUUAGAGUUACAGGAUACAAUACUAGUAGCACAGGUACCUGCGGUUGCAUUAGGAUGGUCAGAUAACUUGACCCAAAUGUGGUUGAACUCACGGCUCCCUUGUGGGGCCUCAUAGCUCCGGUGGCUAGAGCGUUGACUGUACUCAGCCUUCCCUUGCUGUUGUGGGUCCUAAUACUUCCGAGGUCGCCGAGAUUUUCAGAGUUUGGUACACACGGUCGAAAUACACAACUCACGUUGGCCAAAAACUAUACACUCUUGAACGGACUCAAACCGCUGGAGACUGUCUAGCAGCUGUACAAAUAAUCGAUAUCAGCCGGUAUUGGGUUAGACGCAUGCUUUGAGCUACUUUUCCGCUGGGAGUGUGGGAAAAACCUCGUAGAAGCAGAAGAUUUCUGCUCAAAACCUCCUUACAGGCUCUCUAUUUCAGUAGUAAAUACUAAAAUAUUCGCAACGUGACUGCAGAUUUGGAAGCGCUUCAAGUUACACCACUUUUCUGUGCAACGUAAGAACGUGGCCACUCAGCUAAAGUCCUUGUGAGUGCCGUUUUUGCACAAGGGACUAACAGAGCCUUACCGAUGCCUUGGAUGCACUAAUGGGCACGGGUGUUUAGCCUUUCUCCCUCAUUCAUUAUUUUGGCAAAUCAAAUCUUUUACCUGAGUGCGUGUCCCGUGGGACUUCCAGGUAAAUUUUCCUGGUUAGAAUCUUCGCCAACUUUCGUUGGUGCAAGUGAGCUCCGCACUUCACAAGCUGCCUAUAUUUACAACUGACAGUUAAAUGGCUGCCGCAGUCUGUGUACUUUGUCAUAAGUGAAUGUUGUGGUUCUUUUCGCUCUUCCGCCAAGGGCACAGUUUUCAAAUUCACCCAUCAUAUGAUCAAGCCGCGUCACACGCGUCAGCCGUCAUCGAUGACGCAUCUGGUGAGGCCGUGACUAUGACCCUCACACCGAUAACAUUUCUCGUCGUUUGGCUCAGGCGAAUAUGGAUCAUUUUGGCCUAGAAAGGCAUUCGCUUGGGCGUGGGGACUCGUUCACUGACCGUAUUACAUCGUAGCGGCCAAAGAUGUUGAGGGCAGAACACACACAAGGUAACGUGGAGCACUAGAUAUAAUUCCAGGCUAAUCCGAUCUGAAGAGUUGUUAGACGGGCCAUCGAUCUCAUCCAAGCUGACAGUAGAAAAAGUCCAGUGGUGCGAAAUACGUAUACUAAGAGUAGCGGAAUCGACACAUAGUCCAUUUGUCUAGCAAGGAGUAUUAACGACCGAGACCGGUGGACUCGACAAUACCAAGAAUGUACGACCUUCCUAAAAUGCACAAAGAAGGGCUGCCUCUAAGUCCAAUCUUGGAUAUGAGGAAUUCGCCCUAUCAUACCGUUGCAAAAUAGCUAGUAGAAAGACUAAGGCCAUUGCAAAGCUAUCUGUGUCCUCGAAGUUUCAAAGACUCCUUUGAUUUCGUCGAAGCCGGUGGACGGAGGAUGUUAUCAAUGAAUGUAUCGUCGUUGUUCACCAAUGUAUCCGUGUCAGAAACAAUAGACUGUCUUUGUCAUGUUAUUCGUGAUACAAACUAGCCCAUAGACAGGCCUAUGAAAACGCUAAACUAACUACUGACGCUUUGCACACAAAAUGUCCAGUUCCUGUGUAGUUAUCAACUAUAUAGGCAGGUAGAUGGUGUGGCACUGGACUCACCGCAUGGACCGUUCCUUGCAAAGGUUUUUAUGGGCAAAGUCGAGAAAACAAGAUUGAAAGAUACUAUUAAUGGCCUCGUCUUCUACGGUCGGUAAGUGGACGAUAUCUUCUGUCAGGCGGAUGGUACCACCAAUACUGAUGACCUUGUCCAAAAGUUCAACAGUACGCACCCCUCGCAAUAACAAUAGGGAGGUGGCACCCAAAAAAUCUGCCCAAGCAAAACAGCCUGUCGAGAAUAGUUUAUGUCCCAAAUGCACCAUAGCGGUCGGUCCUCAGCUGUGUACCCGGAUGUCAAUGUUAAUAAUGGUAGGGUUGGUCCGCAGAUAUUGUUUCGCAACUAUCCUAAACUAUGCAGGUUUAGAUGUGGACGCUAACGUAUCAUAAGGUAUGUUGCCGUAUAAUAAGCCGGAUAACGACAAAUGCAGUUGCUCGUCACCUCAGGAAGCAAUGGUCAAGAAUGAUAGUGCUAGUGUAGGUCUACAGCGAUCGUUUCUCUAAUCUCCUUAGGUAUGGUUAGAUUUAGCCGCAACCCCAUUACUGCUGCCACUCGUCAGUCGUGUAAGCCUAGGUAAAGGUUGAUUAACCAUGGCUGAGUCUACACCGAUCGCAUCUCAACUGUUGGAGACUAUGAGUGAGGCAGCAUGUGGACUGAAGGUCAGAUGGAACUGAGGUCAGAUGAAACAACAAAUAUGUAGGGCUAUAACCUACGCAAAUAUAUAUAUAUAUAGUAGGUAUUAUUUCUAUUGGGUGCCAUCUCCCGAUUGUUACCGAGGAUGCGUGAACAUAUGCCCACCUGGCUAGACAAAGGUGAGACCCGGUCGAUUUCGAGUUCUAUCCUCGCACAUAUAAUCGAUACGAAUCACCGAGUCGAUGCCAAGGAAGCAUUUCAGGUUGUCUAUCGGACACCAAAAUGCCUCUCUAAAGACCUACGCCAGCGGAUACUAGCAACGACCGAGGCAGUGGCUAUACGGCUAGAGAAUCCGGUGUUAUGCUGUGAGAAAACCCUGACACAAGCACUCUCUCGGCCGCGGCCAACGCCAACCCCAAGUGAUGAUGAUCAGCCACCUCAAAUCCCUAAUUACACUGAUGGGUACUCCAUGUACUCAAUCCAAGAACAUCACUCAAAUACUCUUUUAGCCCCCUCCCCUCCGCUAGCUCUGAGGAUCAAAACCUGCCGACCUCGUCAUGCGAGCGGCGUGGGGAAGAUGAGUGCUAAUGACUUAAUUGCCCUUGAGACACCUAUAAACACAGUUACUUUUGUACAUUUGCAUGCCUUCAUGUAAAUCUAUUGGCCUGACGAAGAAUUACCGAAUACAGGUGUUUGCCAACUUGACUUUUCAAGUGUAACACGGGAAUAUUUGCGGAACAUAGGGAAAUUUUAAAUGAUACAAGGGGAUGGGAAAUACAGCAGAAGUGAUGAUCCCUCUGGAUGAAGAGGUGAUAGAAACAUACCAGCUAAACAUCCGGGUGGGGAAUGCAGCACUGUCGGCAACUGCGGGGUGGGGCCGUGGAAAGCGCCGACGUAGAGGGAGAGAAAUAUGGUACGGUAGUUGCGGUGACAACAGGAAUGUGGUCGGCGGGGAUGUGGGGACAGAACAUCAGUUAUUUUCGCCAACACGCGGUCACACCAUCUUCAUCCUGGAUCCGCGGUCCAAAAGUGUGACAUCAUUCAAAAAAAUAUGUUUAGUUCAGGUGACAUUACAACAGUACGAAGUAUGCUCGUCCUGUUGUGCUUUGGAAGCAGUCGCUUACUGACCACUGGCAAUGUGGAAUGAAUACCAAAUCUGGCAUUGGUGUGGUGCUGGCUGACAACGACUACUGAGCCGGAGGUGAUGAUCAAAAGGAAGUUUCACAAAAUAACGCACUUUGAAUAAACCGCCAACGGUAAGUUUACAUUUAGUCAGGAAGGCAGGGAAAUUUCAACCAAUCGGAACGCUGAAUAAUGGGCGAUUUUUACAGUUACACUGAGUUUUAGUGUGUAUUUUGGAGUUGCCAGCUACGUGAGGUCCUACACUCUACCGUUACCGAUGAUCAUACCGAUCUUCCCGGUAAUUGACGGCAUUCACUGUGCACCAAAGUCCCCGCUCGCUCGCAUUUCUCCCCUGGUUGCCUAUGCGUUCGAUUAUGAACUCCGUCUCAGUAAAAGUAGUCAGCCACGUUUUGUCUCCUCGGCCUUGGCUCUGGGAAAGCCAUCAACCGUGCCCCUCUUGCGCGACAGAAUCUCCGGUCUGUUGGUCCGCAUUUCCACUUCCCAGGAUGCAUUUCCCGCACAAAUUAUGAAAAUGGUCUAACAUUACGCCAUCAAGGACUAUUGCGCAUGAGAUUGGAGCGUAAGGCGAACGUUGAAUCAGUACGUCUUGCCUGACUGCUUCUCAGCUGCUAAUAAUGGGCAUUGACAACCGUAUAUCAGCAGGUCCGAUUUGAUUGCCUGCAAAUUCUCUGACAGUUUUGCUACCACCACCGCCGCCGCCGCUGCCGCCGCCGCCGCCGCCGCCACUGCCGCCGCCGCCGCCGCCGCCACCACCACCACCACCACCACCAUCACCACCACCACCACCAUCACCACCACCACCACCACCACCACCACCACCACCAUUAUCGCUAUUACUAUUAUUAUUACUAGUACUACUUCGAAUUCGGGCUAG